AUGUCAGAGGAUUUCACCAAUAAUGACUUUGAAGACGUUUACAACGAUUUCUACGACAAAAGUGACGUUGAUGACGAUGGCAACGUUGUCACUAAUUUUAGUGACGAUAGAAGUAAUAAUAACACUAGUAAACCACAUGAUCAUUAUGAGGACGACGAGGAACUGAGGAGACAAAUUGAAGAGGAGUUAUAUUACGAUGUCUACUUUGAAGACACCAGUGGUGGUAAUAAUCUACGAUCUGCUACCCACCACGAUCUCAAAAUGUUCACUAACUCUACCCCUGCCAGUGUUGCUGAAUCUGAACUAAUGAAAAUCCCAAACGAGAGUGAUGAGGAUGAUGGUAACAGCAGGGAUGUUAGUAAUGAAGGCAAUGCAAGUGCCAAUAGUAAAAAAAAUUCAGACAGGAAAAAUAAGAAAUGUAGUUUUUUAGAUCAAUCAAACAUUUCCGUAUUAUUAUCGCCAGCUCAGCAGGCCUUGUAUAACAAAACCUCCACCCCACUGAUCUCAAAAAUUAGUAAAAUCCCCACCGACAGUCAAUCAUUCAAAGACAUGAUAGAAAAUGCCGGAAUGACUAUGGAGCUUUUGAAAUCAUUUUUAGAGAAAGAUGACUCUAGUUCUGCUAGUGAUUCUGAUGAAUCUCAAUCUAACAAUCAGAGAAAUGAUGAUGAAGAUGAUAGUGAUGAUGAUGACUUUUCAAGAUUGUCAUCUGACAAUGAUGAAGUCGGUGAUAUUGUAAAUUGUGUGGAUGAUAAUGACGAUAUCCUCGAUAAUAGUUGCCACGAAGCUUAUCUUAAAAAGAUUUUAUCGAACAUUCCAGAUGAUUCUUCUUGGAAAAUGUCAAGCCUCGAUUUACCCAAUUCCUCAAAGCUGAACAGAUCCAGGUAUUACAAUGUGGGAAGUGAAAAUAACAAGGCUAGAUGUAGGAACUGUAACGAACGUGGUCAUGUUAUGCAUUCGUGUCCCAAAAAAAAGAAACUGAAAUGCAUCCUGUGCACUAGAGAAGGCCACCACUUCAGGGCAUGCCCCGAUCAGAUGUGUUUCAGGUGCAGCAAGCCAGGCCACACACUGAAAGAUUGCAAGAGGUCCCACAGAUCCUGGUGCACUAGGUGUCAUGCCGGCGGACAUUUUGAAGAGGUGCUCAAGGGGUAUCCAAGGGGUACUUUGGGGUGGUGUUCAGAUGUCUGGAGACAGUACCAUCUGACGGUGAACAAGGGAGAGAUAGUGAGGAAGAGUAAGAGGAAGGGGGAUGGCAAAAAUGAUAAUAAUAAUGUAGAUAUCGAGGUCGUCUGCAGUUGUUUCAACUGUGGUAGCUCUGCUCAUUUUGGAUACUCGUGCAAGCAGCAGAGAAUGGAUAGCAGGCAGGCCAUAUCCUCCAUAUUCAUAAGCAAGUACGACAGGGUCGCACCGACAACAACUUCAACAACUACUUCUACCUUUCAGAACAGUGUUAACAGUUGUAAUGCAGAUAUCAAACAAAAGGAUGGUAAAGCCAAGGUAACGACCAACAUGCUCACACCAACACCAUCCUACAUUAGCAAAUCUAAAGAUAAACCCACAAAUAUGGAUGGUGGUGAUGAUGGUGGUGGUGGUGAGGAAGACGACGACGAUGAUGAUAGUGAUAAAUCUUUUAGGAGUAAACAACCUGGACGAAAACAAAUUCUUAAACGACCACAUUCUAAAAAUCAAACCCUACAAAUGAAAUCAGAUCAAACAUUUGACAGUGGAAACCACAGAAGAGCUAUUAACACAUUUCAAACAGCAAAAAACUGCGCCAGAAACAAAGAUUUAAAAGUGGACAGGAGUUUAAACGUAUAUAAAACUACUCUUAGUCGUACCCUUAAAAAUACAAACUCACAAUCAUCCUCUAUGAUAGAACCUCUGCACAUAAAAUGGUCGACACUUCAGAAGUCAAGCAGUGAAGCAGAUUUCAAGUUGAAAUUGUUUGCAGAUGGGGAUGAACUCUGUGAUCAUUCAAAAGCUACUGGUAAUAGUAAUAGUGAUACAAAUAAUGGUAAUAAGAAAUUGUCUAAAAGUCAGAGCUCCCAAAAUUUUCAAAAAAUUUCUGAUUUUGAAAGGUCUAUUAUCAGCAGACCACUGACCAAUAGCAAAUCAAAACUCCGCCCACUUGAGAAGACUGACUUGCCUUUGGCUGUUGAAAACAUGACAGAGGAGGAGUUACAAGAUGCCUUCUAUGGCGAGAGAGAGAUGAAAUUAGCGAGGAGAAAGGAAAUUAGGAAGGAGAAAAAAAGGCAGAAAAAAUUAAAUGCUUCCAUGCCUGCAAAAUUAUCAUCAGCCAAUCAGACGCCUGGUAUGCUGGCAACUCCUUCCCUGACGAAUAACGUCACUUCUUCCAAAAAGAAUGCCAAACUAACUGGCGAUAAUUCUAAACCCCAGAAGUCCUCAUCGACCAAUCAGAAGAAGGAGAAGAGGCUGUUGAAACCGCCCACACCGAGUUUUUUACUGCCGAAUAUCUUACAGCAAACCGCAAAAUUGUCGCCAUUUUUUAAAAAACCAAAGAUAGUGAAAAAUUUCUUGGACUAUACGGAGGAUAAUUUAAAUAGUAAUAAUAAUAAAAAUAAUAAUAAUUUUAGUGGCAAUUACAUCUCUCUAAAUGAUGGCAGUGAUAAUAGUAGUAUUUGUAAUAGCUCCAGGCAAUACAACAGCAACAACAACAAUGUUGUCAACAACAACAACAACUUUGUCAACAACAACAGUUAUUGUGUUCGUCGUAGUAUUAGUAGUAAUGACAUUAAUAAUAGUAGUUGUCAAAAUGAUGUUGAUUAUCGAUGUUUUCAACAAAACAACAGCAACAACAAUAACGACAAUUCUAGAUACUACAAUAACAAUUUUGACAGCAGUAGAUAUAACAACAACAGACAAAACAACAACAGAUACAACAAUUGUAAUCAGUUUAAUGAUUGUAACAACAAUACUUUUAAUUCUCAAAGAAAUAACAAUAAUGAUGAUUAUAAUAAUAAUAUGAAAAAGCUUGGUUAUAACAACCACAAAUUCAGCAAAAACAUCAACAACAACAGUUAUAACAACAAUAAUAGCGUUAAUAAUUACAGCAGAAGCAAAAAGUACAUUAAUAAUGGUGGUUUCAAUGAUUUAAGCUAUGAGGAUGGUGAUAAUAGCAAGGCUUGUAUUACAACUAGCAGAGGAUUUAGAUUGCCAUUCUAUAAAAGAUUUUAA